AACUUGUGUGCACGCGCUCACAGAUCACAAUUCACAACCUACAUCUCUCCGGUCUCUACUGCACCAAAAAAUGGCGGGAAAACGGUGACCCUUCUGUCCGUCCCAUUCCACCCAAAACCCUUCAGAAAAACCCUAAAAAAUCCUCCACCAGUACCAUGACCCACUCAUGCAAAUAAUCCCCAAUUUCAGAAUUCUCCUCAUAAACCCCACCCUUUCGAACCUAUUCCUCGUCUGUCAAAACCCUAGCUUCUUACUCCGUCUGGCGUCUUUGAUAAUGGAACCUUCGAAGGUCGUCGCGGAGUACGCGAAAUCGGCGCGGUCCUCAUGCAAGAAAUGCGACAAGAAGAUCGACGCCAACGCUCUGAGGUUGGGUUCGGUGACCAAAGACAAAAGGCGAGGGUUUGAUAUGACCAAAUGGCACCACUUGGACUGCUUUCCUAUGGAUUCGGAGUCGGUUGCUUCGGCUGAGGAUAUCGACGGGUUCUCGUCGCUGAAGAGUAGUGAUCAAGAAACUUUGACGAAAUUGCUCGACGAAAGUGGUCGUCCUGGAGAAAAGGAAUCAAAGGAUAACCUUGUAGAUUCUGAUGCUGAGGAUGCUGAUGCUGACGAUGAUGAUGAUGUUGAUGACACGAAGGAUGCCGAUGAGGCUGCACAUGUCAGAGAAAAGGUUGAUGAUGGAAAUAAUGACCUGGAGGAUAGGAAGUCAAAGAAAGGAAAGUUGUCUACAACUGCUGAAGGAGCCGAGCUAGACGUAUCAUUUUCAACUUCUGAUAUCCAGUUAAAGUAUAAGGUUGUCGCGGAGUACGCAAAAUCGGCACGGUCCUCGUGCAAGAAAUGCGACAAGAAGAUUGAAAACGCCGCCUUGAGGUUGGGUUCAGUGACCAGAGACGAAAGGCGAGGGUUUGAUGUGACCAAAUGGCAUCACUUGGACUGCUUUCCUAUGGAUUUGGAGUCAGUUGCUUCGGCUGAGGAUAUCGGCGGGUUCUCGUCACUGAAGAUUAGUGAUCAAGAAACUUUGUCGAAAUUGCUUGACGAAAGUGGUCGUCCUGGAGAAAAGGGUGCUAUUGGAGACAAAGAUGCAGUUAAAGGAACCAAAGAGAGAAUUCCUAAGAGAUCGAAGGUCAGAGAAAAGGAUCAUGAUAAAAAUAAUGACCUGGAGGAUAGGAAUUCAAAGAAAGGAAAGUUAUCUACAACUACUGAAGGAGCCGAGCUAGACGUAUCCUUUUCAAUUUCUGAUAUCCAGUUAAAGUAUAAGGAUGCUACACUAUUACCGAAAUGGAAGGCAUUUCGCACAGUGAUAUUCCUUGAACAGGAUGAGGGCCUUCAAGAUUCCGGAAAAAUUGCUGCGUUUGAUUUUGAUGGGUGUCUUGUGAAUACAAAUGUGAAGAAAGUUGGUCCAGAUGCUUGGUCCCUGAUGUAUCCUUCAAUCCCAGAGAAGCUCCAGAGCUUAUACAAUGAAGGCUACAAGCUGGUGAUCUUUACCAAUGAAUCCAACAUUGAUCGCUGGAAGAAUAAGAGACAGGUAGCAGUGGACUCGAAAAUUGGACGCCUUACCAAUUUCAUUAAGCAUGUGAACGUCCCAAUGCAGGUUUUCAUAGCUUGUGGAAUAGGCAAAUCUGGUGGCCAAACUGAGGAUCCCUUCAGAAAACCUAAUCCUGGGAUGUGGCAUCUUAUGGAUUGGCACUUCAACUCUGGCAUUUCAAUCGAUAUGGAUCAAUCUUUCUAUGUCGGUGAUGCGGCUGGGAGAGAAAAUGAUCAUAGCGAUGCUGACAUCAAAUUUGCAGAGGCCGUUGGGUUGAAGUUCUACGUUCCUGAGGAAUACUUCGAAGUGUAGAGCAUCUGGUUCCUGGAUUCUAGUUCAUGAAAUUCCAGUCCAAUUUAAGUAAUGCUCAUUUAGGAGGGAUGUAAUUCAGAUACAUUGGUGGUUUUGGGAAUCAAUGGAAAACCUAAAGCUUGCACA